UAUUGAGCUGUCAGCUGACUGAAGGCUGCAGGGGAAGGGGCGGAAGGGGCUUGUGCUGCAGCGCGGUGUUUUAACCGCAACCGUGUCAACUUUUACCUUUGCUUCCACCAAGAACGACAUUCUCAACUAAUACUUAGGGUCAGAAUACUACAUGUCCUUUAAAUUGUGAUGUCGAGGCAUUCUAUGGGGCUAACAUUAUAUGUGCUAGUCAGCGAGUAGUUCUGUGUUUUUGCUCAAAUGGGACCACAGUGCGACAUCUGCUUUCUUGACUUUGAUGUGGACCGCCAUAGACCUAAGGUCUUGCCCUGCGGACAUACCAUUUGCAAAGAAUGUGUGGAGAAUCCAGGCUUGGGUAGGAAGUGUCCGACUUGCAGGAAGGACUUGGCGACCGACCCCGGCGAACUGAUCGACAACAUCUACCUGCUGCAAAUGAUAGAGAGCGACGGCGCACCGCCCUGCAAGAGGUGCAAGACGGCAGAGACAAGAAUGCAGCAGCUGCAGCGCGGCGCGGACGCGGGGCGGCAGGUGGUGCAGCAGCUGCGGCAGGUGCUCCCCCUGGCGGUGGAGGCCCUGACCCGCCAGCUGGACACGUCGGUCGCGCAGCUGCGCCGGGUGGAGCUCGCCCUGCAGCGGGAGGCGGCCGGCGCUGAGGCCGAGGAGCAGCUGCAGGUGGCGGCGGGUCUGGAGGACAGCCUUCGCGUGCUGACCACCGAGUGCAGCGUCGUGGCGGACAGGGACGGGGCCACCUGGAGGACGCCCGCGCAGCUGGGCGUGGUCGGCGACAUCGUGCGCGCUCUGCUGCUGCAGCUGCAGGGGCAGGAGGAAAAGCUGACGGCCUUGAAUCUUCCUCGCUCACUUGCAGGUUGCGGGUCGCGACCCUACAAACACCGACCAAUCGGCGCGGACUGA